GGCUCUCGCCCGGCCACUUUCCCUGCGCAGUUCCCGGAGCUCCCUGCAGGAGGUGAAAGUCCCGGGCCAGCCCGAUGGCGUAGUUGCGCCGAGGCGCAGCAGCUGCCGGAGGCGAGCGCUGGGCGGGGAAACUUUGCUCUCCUCCAACUUGCAGCGGGUGGAUCUGCUCGUGACACACCGCCCCGAGGAAAUUUGAAAAUUGCCAAGAGGGAUUUUCAGGCUACUUCUAAUUUUCAAAGAUUGUCUGUGAUCUGAAGAACUGUCGGCUGCUGCAGAAAGAAAAAUGACGUCUCAUUAUGUGGUCGCUGUGUUUGCCCUGAUGACUGCCUGUUUAGCCACUGCAGGUCCAGAGUCCAGUGCCCAUUGUGAACUGUCGCCUGUCAAUGCCUCCCACCCCGUCCAGGCCUUGAUGGAGAGCUUCACUGUCCUGUCGGGCUGUGCCAGCAGAGGCACCACCGGGCUGCCGCAGGAGGUACACGUCCUGAACCUCCGCACCGAUGAGAAGGGCUCUGAGCAGCCACAGAGGGAGGUCACACUGCACCUGAAUCCCAUCUCCUCAGUCCACAUUCACCACAAGCCUGUUGUGUUCCUGCUCAACUCCCCACAGCCCUUGGUCUGGCAUUUGAAGACAGAGAGACUUGCCACUGGGGUCCCCAGACUCUUCUUGGUGUCCAAGGGUUCUGUGGUCCAGUUUUCAUCAGGAAACUUCUCUUUGACAGCAAAAACAGAAGAAAGGAACUUCUCCCAUGGAAACGAACAUCUAUUAAAUUGGGCUCAAAAGGAAUAUGGAGCAGUUACUUCAUUUACCGAACUCAAGAUAGCAAGAAACAUUUAUAUUAAAGUAGGGGAAGAUCAAGUGUUUCCUCCCACUUGCAACAUUGGGAAAAAUUUUCUGUCACUCAAUUAUCUCGCUGAGUACCUUCAGCCCAAAGCAGCAGAAGGGUGUGUGAUGUCCAGCCAGCCCCAGGAUAAGGAAGUACACAUCAUCGAGUUAAUCACCCCCAGCUCUAACCCUUACAGUGCCUUCCAGGUGGAUAUAAUAAUUGACAUAAGACCUUCUCCAGAGGAUUCUGCUGUGGUCAAAAAUCUCAUCCUGAUCUUGAAGUGUAAAAAGUCUGUCAACUGGGUGAUCAAAUCUUUUGAUGUUAAGGGAAACCUGAAAGUUAUUGCUCCCAAUAGUAUUGGCUUUGGGAAAGAGAGUGAAAGAUCCAUGACAAUGACUACAUCAAUAAGAAACGACAUUCCUUCUACACAAGAGAAUCUGGUGAAGUGGGCUUUGGACAAUGGUUAUAGUCCAGUGACGUCAUACACAGUGGCUCCUGUGGCUAACAGAUUUCAUCUCAGAGUUGAAAACAAUGAGGAAAUGAGAGAUGAGGAAGUCCAUACCAUCCCUCCUGGGCUACAGAUCCUGCUGGACCCAGCCAUACUGCCUGAUCCGGAGAACCCACCCUUCCAGGGAGGGGUUGGCGGAACUGGAGGUCUCCCCUUUCCUUUCCCUGAUAUCGCCAGGAGAGGCCGGAAGGAAGGGGGAGAAGAUAGGAUACCUAGGCCAAAGGAUUCUGUCAUCCCCAGUACACAACUGUUUCCUGGUCCCAGAGAACCGGAAGAAGCACAAGGGAGCAUGGAUAUUAUCCCAUCAGUCAAAUGUGACAAUGAAAAGAUGAUUGUGGCUGUAGAAAAAGAUUCUUUUCAGACCAAUGGCCACCCAGGGAUGGAGCUCACUCUGUUGGAUCGUUCCUGCAAGGCCAAGGUGAACAGCACACACUUCAUUCUGGAGUCUCCGCUGAAUGGCUGUGGAACGCGGCACCGGCAGUCAGCCUCCCAUGGUGUAGUUUACUAUAACUCUAUUGUGCUACAGGUUCCAUUGCCUGGGGAUGGCAGUGGCUGGCCAGAUGGUUAUGAAGAUUUGGAGUCAGGUGAUAAUGGAUUUCCAGGAGAUUUAGAUGAAGGAGAUGCUUUCCUCUUCAGCCGUUCUGAAAUUGUCAUGUUUAAUUGUAGCUUGAGGCAACUGAGGAAUCCCAGUAGCUUCCAGGACCAGCCCAAUGGAAACAUCACUUUCAACAUGGAGCUGUACAGCACUGACCUGUUUCUGGUGCCCUCCCAAGGGAUCUUCUCUGUGGCAGAGAAUGGACACAUUUAUGUUGAGGUGUCUGUCACUAAGACUGACCGAGAACUGGGAUUUGCCAUUCAAACAUGCUUUAUAUCUCCAUCUUCACACCCUGAUAGGAUGUCUGAUUACACCAUCAUUGAGAACAUUUGUCCUAAAGAUGAAUCUGUGAAAUUCUAUAGUACCAAGAAAGUAUACUUUCCUCUCCCACAAGCUGAGAUGGAUAAGAAGAGAUUCAGCUUUAUUUUUAAGUCUAUGUUCAACACCUCACUGCUCUUCCUCCAGUGUGAGGUGACACUAUGUACCAAGAAGGACAAGGGCCAUCAGAAAUUGCCUAAGUGUGUGUCUCCCGAUGAAGCCUGUACCUCAUUGGAUGCUGCCAUGAUCUGGGCCAUGAUGCAAAACAAGAGGACAUUUAUCAAGCCGCUGGCCGUGAUCUACCAAGCACUACCUAAAGAAAAAAUUCCAAGCAUUAAGGAGCCAAAUCCAGUUCCUCCACAAAUUUUCCAUGGUCUGGACACCCUAACUGUGAUGGGUAUUGCAUUUGCAGCAUUUGUGAUUGGAGCACUCUUGACAGGGGCCUUGUGGUACAUCUAUUCCCAUACAGGGGAGACAGCAGGAAGACAGCAAGUCCCCACCUCCCCACCGGCCUCGGAAAACAGCAGUGCAGCUCACAGCAUCGGCAGCACACAGAGCACGCCCUGCUCCAGCAGCAGCACUGCGUAGCCAGCCCCAGCCAGGCCUCCACCGCCGAGGGCAGGGGCUGGCACUGAUGCCAUGCACGGGUCCAGAUUCAAAGGCUUGACUUGGAUUCCUUCGUAAAGAGAGAGUGAAUUCAGUAUAAAGAUUACCUAUUAUAUUCACCCCUCAUCAUGGCCAAUAGAAAUGUGACCCCUAGAUCUCUGCAACACACUAGAAUUCAUGUGGAAAAGCUAAGAUGGUGGCCUUCUCCACCGGCCCCUCCCAGGCUAGGGAUUUUCAAUGUGAAACACAGGCCAGUUUUUAAAAUGCUGCUUUGUCCAGGUGAGAACAUUCAUAAUUUGGAGCCCUGAGUUUUACCUACACUCAAGGAGAUGGUCAAAGGGUAAUAGCUAGACAGUAAACCCAGUGAGAUGUGGCCAAAGAGUCUUUGACAUCUGAACCAAGAUAUAAAACAAAAGAAAUGCCUUGAGGCUUUCUCAGCGUGCCUCAAUGCAUAAUCUGCACCCCACCUGGAUGCACACUUCUGACUGGCCCUACUCAGUGGGACUGGAUGUGUGGCCUGCGGGGUGCUGCCUCGGGGACUGCAUCCUGCUAUGUGUCAAGGCAACAUUCCCUUCUUGUUCCCUGGGCCAAAACCAGUCAGUGCUGAUUACCUUAUCAGCUUCUUAUAGACCACCCCCCACUCGACACACACUGACUAAAAACAUGUCUUAAUGCAAGUGUUUUUUGCUUAUAGGUGUGUAGAAAUUGAAAAUGGCCAAGAUAUGGAACUGCAGAACAUUUUAUUCUGAUAAAUUAAUAUCUAGAUAGGGGCAAAAUUCAGUCAUAAAGCUGAGAAGUUUGCAAGGUGAUAUGUAUAUGAAUAUGUAAUUACAAGUAUAUAAUAUGUCAUCUGGCACAUUCAUUUCCUUUGUUGAAGAAAUCAAGAGAGAUGCAGUGGCACUUGGCCACAAUAGCAGUUACUUGCCAAGGCAGAAGGUUCCCAAGUUCCCCUAGCAAGACCCCCAUCUUUAAAAAGAGAUUUUAAAAAAUCCAUUUCCAUUUUGAUACUGUCUGCUGCUCCUGAGUUGAAACUUAUUCUUAAGUAAUAUUUGGUAGAAUGAGCAUUUCCCUUCAACACACAUCAACCUUUCUAAUAAGCUCUCAUAUGAAAAGCAGACCCUUAUGAAAAUCAAAUGUCUGGUGGAUCCCGUUGGAUUCUUACUGGGUUAUCUGAAUAGUGUCACCAUUUCUGCUAGGCCACUGCUGAGCAGAAGAAAAGUGCACUCAUUUGGGUUGCUUUCAUUCUCUUGCCUUAAAUAUAUCCAAAUUUAAAAGGAUUUGAAGUGAAUUUCAUUAAAUGGAAUAAUAUGAUGUCACUUUGCAGCUAAAGUAUACUCAGUGAUACCCGUAUGUUAAAAAAAGAAUACCAGAAGAGGAUUUCCAUGCCAAAUCAUUUACUACUGACAUUGCAAUUUACAUAGUAUUCUUUUUCCAUAAUCCUCCCCCCAAUGGUUUAGCAUUCUAGCAAUAGAACAGGUUAGAUUCUGUCCUAAAAUAUUCAUAACUGAAUUCCACUGCCUUUAAAAUAUGGCAGUUGUGCCUGGUCCUCUGUGAAUGGAACCUUACAUAAGAAAUGUUGAUGAAACUCGGAAUCUUAAGGCAGUGUGUACAAGGCAAACAAGUUGAUAGAGAUGGAUCGUUACUAAUACCAGUCAUUAAGAUCCAUUGACUGGAUGGACGUAGGCAUUCAAAUGAGAUCAUUUUAACCAAAGCAGACUACUUAGCAGCUGAGAUUUCCAGACUAUUUACAUUGAUAUAUUGAACCUUGUUUUUAGAUUUUUAUAUACAUAUGAGGACAACAUGAGAUUAGGAAAAUAUGUCCCCAUAAUUUUUAACAUAAGGGUGUCAUAGCAGAGUGGAGGGCCUAGAUUAUGCUACCUGUGUUUAAAAAUAAUGCGCUUUGCCUAACCUUCAGCAGAAUGUAUUGUUUUAGCAUAUUCUAUGUAUAAAAAAGUUUAAAGAUGUCUUCAAAGAAGACUAGAGUCUUUAAGUCACUUAUAGCUAUAUUUUACUACAAAAAUUUGUGUAUAAAGAUAUAUUUAAGUGUUUUAGAUGAAUUUAAGUUACUCCAUAUGAAAUGUUUAAUUUCAGUUACUGUGAAUUCUUUGAUCAGUUCUUUGCUUUAAAAAAAUCUUUCCAUCUUUUAAAAAGAAAAUUAGCUAUGGGGAAGUUUUAAAAGAUCCGUUUCUUAGAUGGGUAGGGUUAAAAACUUCAUAAUAUAUUUAAAUGUAUAUUUUUGAGAGAGUUCCUACAGUGCCACUGAUUUUAUAAGUCAUCUUAAAUUAAUUUACAAAUUUAUAGAUGCAAGCCAAAAGAUUUUUGAGAGAGAGAGAGAGAGAGAGAGAGAGAGAGAAAGAGAGAGAGAGAGAGGAAGAAAAUCAGCCUUUAUUUGUUUGGGUGUCAUUGUCAGAAGUACUAUUCAGAUAGAGAAAUUCAUAUUAACAAAACCUAAUCCCAUAUUGGAGAGUAAAUAUCCUCAAGUAUUUUUUUUAAAUAGGGCAUUUUUCCCAGGCUUCUUGUUAUAGCACUUCUGAUUGCUUCACCCUUCGCAGUUUUAAUACAAAGUACAAGCUCUACUUUUAUAACAUGUUCUGCAAGUUUCUUUAAAACCAUUAUAUUCCGGUUGAACUCCUUUCUGUCAGCAAAGCCUAAUGUUAUUUCCGCAGUGCACCCAUAAUCCACAGAGCCCCUUUUGUUUUUUAUUUGUUGCUACUGAAGUUAUUGUUGAAAUGCUCUAAGCUCCACCACAGAUUUAUCUGUGUAGCACCUUUAGCUUUCCACUGUGUAAGGUUGGUUCACCAGCUGUAACUCUAUUUUAAAAAGUCAUCAAUUUCUUCUGUGUAAGCUGUUUGUGUAGCAUUUGCUAAACACAAAAUGGCCUUUUCCUUGUCUGGUAAUAAGAUUGUAAAUCUGUUUCCUGCGUGUCUCCAGCGGGUGUGACUGCAAGUGUGUGUGGGGUGCAUUUGCACCCACCAGUCUUUUUGUACUGUAACUACCUCAUGGUUUGACUGAUGACUGCUUACUGCUGGUUGUGUUAACAGCACACAUUUUGUUGGGCGAGUCCUAUAUACAGUUUUUUUCUUGUUUGUUUAAUCUGGGGUUGUUCGUGAAACUGACAGAUGUUUUUCUAAAGAGGACUAUUAUCAGUUUCCAAAUACAAUUCUUCUCUCUUCUGGUUUUUCCUGGAUGAGCCUGAUUUUGUUGCUGUUUUUCAUCACCUAGGAGGGUAGAAAGAGUAACCGGAAAAUCCCUGUGGCCAGUUUGAACACCCCUGUUGUAGUCUUUGGUGUGUCAGCAACUUUGUGAACAUGCUUAUAGUCUGUAUAGUCUUGAUAACCACAGUUUUAAGUCCUUUAUCUGUGCAUAAUAAAAAGAUAUAUAUCAGCUAUGAA